AUGCAGACGAUAGGAAAGUACGUAAUCGGGAGUCCACAUAGAAAUCGGGGCUUAUCCUUUUUUUCUUUUUCAUCUUCUCCCCUUUUCUUCUUCACCCUCUUCUUUACUUUUUCUUUUUCUUUUCACCCUUUUUCUUCGCCCCUUCUUUUUAAUCUUCUCCCCUUUUUCUUUUCUUUUUUAUUCAUCCCGUUUCCUCUCUUUCUGCUUCUCCCCUUUUCCUCUCUUUCUGCUUCUCCCCCUUUUCCUCUCUUUCUGCUUCUCCCCCUUUUCCUCUCUUUCUGCUUCUCCCCCUCUCUUUCUGCUUCUCCCCCUUUCCUCUCUUUUUGCUUCUCCCCCUUUUCCUCUCUUUCUUCUUCUCCUCUUUUUCCUCUCUUUCUUCUUCUCUUUUCCUCUCUUUCUUCUCCCCUUUUCCUCUCUUUCUUCUUCUCCCCUUUUUCCUCUCUUUCUUCUUCUCCCCUUUUUCCUCUCUUUCUUCUUCUCCCCUUUUUCCUCUCUUUCUUCUUCUCCCCUUUUCCUCUCUUUCUGUUUCUCCCUUUUCCUCUCUUUCUGUUUCUCCCCUUCCUCUCUUUUGUUUCUCCUCCUCUAAUUCCUCCUCUUUUCCUCUCUUUUUGCCUCCCCCCCUUUCCUCUCUUUUUGCUUCUCUCCUUUUCCUCUUUCUUUCUCCCCCUUUUCCUCUCUUUCUUCUUCUCCUCUUUUUCCUCUCUUUCUUCUUCUCCCCUUUUUCCUCUCUUUCUUCUUCUCCCCUUUUUCCUCUUUCUGGUUGGGUUGGGGCCGUGGACACUAAGUCAACGCGCAGAGGAAGCGAGUUAUCCUUCCGAUAACCUUAAACUCUUAAACGUAUUUUCCCACUCUUUAAACUUUCGUAUCCUCUUGUUAUCUCUCUCUCAACACGUUUUCUUUACUGUCUUGCCGCUUUCUCUCUCUCUCUCUAGCCGCUCUCUGUCUAGCCGCUUUCUUUCUCUCUCUCUCUCUCUAGCCGCUCUCUGUCUAGCCGCUUUCUUUCUCUCUCUCUCUCUCUCUCUCUCUAGCCGCUCUCUGUCUAGCCGCUUUCUUUCUCUCUCUCUCUCUCUAGCCGCUCUCUGUCUAGCCGCUUUCUUUCUCUCUCUCUCUCUCUCUAGCCACUCUCUGUCUAGCCCUUUCUUUCUCUCUCUCUCUCUCUGUCCGCUCUCUCCUUUCUCUCUCUCUCUCUCUCUAGCCUCUAGCUUUCUCUCUCUCUCUCUUUCUCCUCUUUCUCUCUCUCUCUCUAGCCCGCUUUCUCUCUCUCUCUCUCUCCUGCCGCUUUCUCUCUCUCUCUCUCUCUCUAGCCGCUUUCUCUCUCUCUCUCUAGCCGCUUUCUCUCUCUCUCUCUCUAGCCGCUUUCUCUCUCUCUCUCUCUCUAGCCGCUUUCUCUCUCUCUCUCUCUCUCUAGCUCUCUCUCUCUCUCUCUCUAGCCGCUUUCUCCCUCUCUCUCUCUCUAGCCGCUUUCUCUCUCCUCUGUCUUGCCGCUCUCUUUUUUUUUUCUCUCUCUCACUCUCUUCUUUUCUCUCUCCUGAUGUCAACAUUCCCCAAGCAAGAGCGUCAUUUUGGUUUCUCAAAGGCAUUCAUAUUCACAUCAGUAAAUCUUUCUUUUCUGUGCAAUCUAGUUGGCAAAAGCGUUUCCGUAUAGUCCUUUUUUGUUCAUUGUUUUCCACUCACACUUCCUCUCCUCUCCCUUAUUAUUGCUCUCCCACUCUUCCCCCCCACACUGUAUCGUCCUCCUUCUCUCUAUCAUUCCUUCAUAUCGUAUUCCCCCUCUCCCUCUUUCUCUCUCUCUCUCAUUCCCUUAGUAUCGUAUUAACUCUCUCUCUCUCUCUCGUUCUCUCAGUAUCGUAUUCCUCUCUCUCUCUCAUUCUCUCAGUAUCGUAUUCCCUCUCUCUCUCAUUCUCUCAGUAUCGUAUUCUCUCUCUCUCUCGUUCUCUCAUAUCGUAUUCCCUCUCUCUCUCUCUCUCUCUCAGUAUCGUAUUCCCUCUCUCUCUCUCUCAGUAUCGUAUUUUCUCUCAUUAUUGUAUUCCCCUCUCUCUCUCUCUCUAUCGUAUUUUCUCUCAGUAUUGUAUUCCCCCUCUCUCACUCUCUCUCUCUUAUUCCCUCAGUAUCAUAUUCCCUCUCUCUCUCUCUCUCAGUAUCGUAUUCACCCUUUCUUUCAUUCCUAUAUUAUCAUAUUCCCGCUCUCGUUUGCUCACUCUCUCUUCCUCUCUCAGUAUCUUUAUCCUUCUCUAUUUUCCUUCCUCGCUAUCUUUUUCUCUUCUCUUUGCCUCUCUCCUUAUCCCUCUCCAUUUUCCUCCCUCGCUCCAUCUCCUCUAUUUUUGCAUUGUAUUGUUUUUUUUCACUCCCUCUUUCUCUGUAUUGUUUUUCACUCUCUCCCUGAUUUUUACUCUCUCUCACUUUCUCCCUUAUUUCCACUGUCUCUCUCACUCUUUCCCUGAAUUUUCUCUCUGUUUAUCACUAUCUCUUUCUCUGUUUAUCACCCUCUCUCUCUGUCACUCACUCACUCUUUGUUUGUUUUUUUUUUUUCAUUUUUUUCUACUGAUUUUUCACUUUCUCUCUCUCUCUGUCUUUGCAACGUUUCUUUUUCAACUCUCUUUGCAGCGUUCUUUUGGAAACUCUGUCUCGGAACCGCUUUUUCUCUCUGAAUCAUCAUCUCUCGCUCCAACUCUCUCUCCACGAUAUCCUCUCUUUUUCUUUGUAUCGUUCUUUCUAUUCUCUCUAUGCCUCUGCUUUCUUUCUUCCUCUUUCUCUGUCCCUCUCUUCGGCCCCGCUCUCUUUCCCCUCUCUCUUCCCCUCUCUCUCUCUCUUUCCUCUCUCCUCUUUCCUCUCUCUUCUUUCCUCUCUCUUCUCUUUCCUCUCUCUUCCCAUUCUUCUCCCAUUCUUCUCUCUCCUUUCCUCUCUCUCCUCUCUCUCCUGUCACUUUCUUUUUUCCACUCUCCCCCUCACCUUCUCCUCUCUCCCCCUCACCUUCUCCUCUCUCUCCCCACCUUCUCCCUCUCUCUCUCCUUUUAUCCUCUCUCCUUCCUCUCUUUCUCUCUCUCUCUUUCCUCUCUCUCCUGUCACUUUCUUUUUCCACUCUCUCCCCUCACCUUCUCCUCUCUCUCCCCUCACCUUCUCCUCUCUCUCCCCUCACCUUCUCCUCUCUCUCCUCUUUAUCCUCUCUCCUUCCUCUUUCUUCUCUCUCUCCUCUUUAUCCUCUCUCCUUCCUCUCUUUCUUCUCUCUCUCCUCUCCUCUCUCUCCUCUCUCUCCUUUCCUCUCUUCUCUCCUCUCUUCUUUCUCCUCUCUCCUUUCCUCUUUCCUCUCUCCUUUCCUCUCUCCUUUCCUCUCUCUCCUGUCACUUUCUUUUUCCACUCUCUCCCUCUCCUUCCCCUCUCUCCCUCUCUUCAUACUUAGUCUUUUUUUCAAGUAACAUUUUCUAA